GAUUUUGAGUAUGCAUAUACGUAUUCAAAUCUAACACCAUUAGGAUGUGUUAUUAGAGCAAGUAAGCUAUUCGUUUUACCACAGUAUACAAUGAGGCCAACACCAAGCAGUACAGGAUAUACUCCUUUUCCUGAUUCUAAGAACAAGGAGAAAAAGGAAAAAAUUUCAAAUUGGAAUCAAUACUCUCAGAAGUAUUCGACAAUGCCUGAAAAACAAGUAUAUAAAAGAUUUUGAGUGUUUUAAAAUGGGACAGUCACAGAGUCAUGUAGUGUAUGUUCUAAAUUGUAAGAGAAAAAAGACAAGUUGGAAACAUUAUAUUCCGAAAUUUGGAUUAUCAUCUAGAAAACAACAUCAAAGUAUUCAAGAGUUCGCAUUGGUUGAUUCCAACCGAGACAAGCUUGGACUGGUUCAGAGUAUGCGGCACAGUGCACGCACAGCUCUGCUGCACCACACAUCCCCAACCACACAGCGGAGGCUCUUCCGCUAGGUGGCCUCGCGCAACCUGCAAGCAAAGUAGCUUCGCGGAGGGUACAUGCAGGGAUGGCAACCGGAAGUGCAGAAAGUUGCACCGAAUGGCUAACUUCAGACCACGGCGCGUAAAAAAUAAAUUUCUAUAGUCCGUAGCGCGAGAGUCGCUCUUCUGCAGUGCGUUCUGCUAGGCGCAUGUAAACAGCUGUGCAUAAAUCCUCGCAGUGUACGCGUACGUGUUGCUCAAACCCCUUCUCAUAUUGCUAAUAGUUGUAAUAGUGUAGUGUUGUAAAAUGUGCGAACAAAAGCAGGGAUUCCAGCAGUUGUGGGUGUACGGGAGAUGCUGCUGUUUUGUGAAUUGAUAAGUUGUAAAAUGUGAGCUGCAGCAGUCGAGCUCAUUGCUUCAGAUGUUCUGGACCAUCGCUGUACUUAUUCUCUUGUACAGAAGCUAUUGCACACUUGAACAAAACUGGCGAGUGAACAGUCUGCCUUUCACACAGAGCUCCAAAAUCAAGAUGUUAGGUUAGGUUGCAUUUAAUAUUUGCAACGGUUGAGGUGAUGACUGAGAAGAGUUUAUCGAUUAUGUUGUGACUGCCAAAGUUUCAUUAGGCACUGGUGCAACCUGAUGCCAUCCCUGGUGUCACAGAGACUUCAUGCGAGACCAGAAUCCAGAAAAAAACAAUGUCGGAUUAGUCAUUCAUCAGUCAAGCUCAUGUAUGCACCUACCCUAUCUGACUCUGUUGAAAAAAUUCUGGUCUGGAAAUCCAAUUAUUAUACGCAUAAAAUGGUUCACCACUGCCUUGAAUCGCUCAUUAAUGAGAUGGGGCAUGAGUUGUUCAAAAUUCUGGUCACUGUGGUACAAUGCAGGAAUGGUCUCAACAAUUCUACUGUUUCCAAUAUCGAUAGUAGUCAUUUUAAAAGUGACACUUAACAUUUGGCUGUACAAUUCAGCAUCGCCAAAUGAAAAGAAAGAACAAGUAUUGGAACUUAUGGUUCCAGGAGUUGACAUUCCUUACAAUGAGAUGGGAUACUACGUGCUCUCAUUAAUAUUAUGCAGUGCUGUGCAUGAGAUGGGACGUGCUAUUGGAGCAGUUAGAGAAGAUGUACGCUGAUUUUUCUUGACAAAUGCUGGUGUCUUCAUCAAAGAUAUCUCACUGGACCUUCUGGACUUUUAACAGGAGAUGUAGUACACAGAAUUCAUUACUGUUACGUAAAGAAUUCAACAAAUUGGAGAACGUAUAUUCUGCAAGCAACUCAGGCUACUGUGUAACGGAUAAGAUAGUGCAGGAAUUAGAUAAAUCUUUUCUGGCUCCUGACAAAAACAAUGGAGUCCAUAACUGCUGUGAUCAGCACAAUGUAGAAAAGGGAUAUUUAUGUUUUGAGCAUUUAGAAGGGUUUGACAUUCAGACUCUCAAAGCUGCCAUGCACUUUUGCCUUCCUACUCGAGCAAUUAUACAAAGCUUCCAUAAUUUGUGUCAAAACAAUGACUUGUAUGUUAAGACCUGUGUUGGACAACAAAGAUUGUACAAAUUUUCCAGAGGCCUUCAUUUUACUCUGCAAGUAUAUUGCAGUUUUUUCAUCAGGUUUGGCAAUCAUUAAUGUAGUGCCUUACUUUUACUUUGAUGGCCAGCAUAUUGAUUAUUACUGCACUAUUGACAGAGACUCCCUUAAGAAGCAAGAUACAGCAACAGAGUGCACGCUCAAUGAUUACUUUGGCCAUAACAAUCACAUUUACAUUGCUCCUUGGGUUUAAUUUGAUAAAUAUGUACCUGCAUAAAAUGUAGACUAUGUGACUUAUUAUACAGUUAUUGUGAUGUAUAAGUUAGGGCAACUAUAUAAAAAUGUACAGAUAUUUAUUAUACACUGCUGAUGAAUUUAUAAAUAUAAAAACAGGAAAAUAAAUAUAAGAGGAUAUACAUACACAUAACAA